AUGCGGCCCGCAACGCGCAGAGAGCCGAAGGGAGGCUGUUCGAGGCCGGGGACCGUUUUGCGCAGCGCGACCGGGGCCAUCGUAUCAGCGACGAGCUGUCCUUCGAGGUCGGCGAAUUUCGAGGCACAGUUCGGCCACAAAUUGAUGAGCGUUCUGUGGAAGACAGACUCUCUGUUCGUGGUGUACAAGGAGUUCCUCACGGUGAUCGCUGGCAGCCUGCACGCUAUCCGGUCAAGCAGAGGGUUCUUAAGCAGUCACGAGUACGUCACUGGUUGCGAUUCAGACGGCGUGGGGUUGCCCGAGCUACGUGAUUCCGCCGUGCACGAACAGGCGGCACGAAAAAGAAUUUAUUCCGCCUUCGAGAUUUACACGAAGUUGAAGAAGCAAGCAGGCAAGUACGAUCGCACGGAUCCUGUGCGCCACAUGAUGCAGCGCUUGCGAAGGUGGUCAUCAUGGCUCGUGAAGCAAGGAGUAGACCCUCGCAAACAUCGCAAUCAAGAGCUCCGAAUGUUCUCGGCGAUCUUUCUCGAUGAGGUGCAGGACCUGUUGCCCAUUGAGAUUCUCUUGUGCCGCAUCUUCUGCGAGCACACCAAUUGCUGGGUGUUUGCUGGUGACACAGCGCAGACCAUCAGCAAAGGCGUCGAGUUCCGCUUUGAAAGCAUCCGCCGGUUGUUCUUUGAGGAGUUCCUCCACUGGAAAGAGUGGCUCGACGAACCUGCACCGACUAAGGAGACACUGAUGUGCACACUGUGCGGAACCAGCAUUCACGAUGGGACAACGUACGAAUGCCAUUCCAAGUUCACAGCGCACACAGCGCAUCUUUGUGGCGACGAAUGCGUAGCCGCCUUCGAAAAGAGAUGCGAGGAUGCUUCCAAAGGAGCCACCAAGGGCGUCCUUGCAAAGAUGGAGUUCUCCCGCGCCCGGGGAAGACUGUCGUGCCCUCUAUGUCACCUCGUCAUGAAAGAAUCCAAGAUUACCGCAGAGGCCACCGAUGACGCCAGCCAGGGCACGCCAGAACGCGACCAAGACCGUCACACAGAAUUCACGGCGCUGGACAGGCUUCCGAAAGUGCAUCACCUCACACACAACCACCGAAGCAUGCGCGGCAUCGUUGACCUUGCUGGCUCUGUCAUCGACAUCAUCUUGCACUUUUUCGAGGACAAGAUCGACAAGCUCCCCCGCGAGGUUUCCAAGGUCGACGCGAAAUCGCUGCCCGUUUUCAUCCACGGGUGCUCUUUCAACGAGGCCCUCGACAUCGUCUUCGGGCGGCAGCAGGGCGUGCAGGACGGCCAGAGAAUCCUGGAAUUCGGUGCUCGGCAGGCGGUGCUCGUUUGGAACGAGCUGGCCAAGUCCCACGUGCGUGCGCGAUUCCCCGAGUCGAUCGUUAUGACGAUCGACGAGUGCAAGGGCCUCGAGUUCUCGGACGUAUUCAUUGUGAACCCGUUCGGGGACAUGGCUGGCGCGGGCACGACUGGGGGUCGCAACGCCCAGUUGUGGAACUUGGUGUACGCCUACAUGAAACAUUGUGGGAUCCUCGACGCUGCCGACUCCAGGAGGAUUCCUGAUUUCGACCCGUCUGUCCAUGGCCUCCUUUGCAGCUGGCUGAAGCACCUUUAUGUCGGCACGGUGGCGGAUUACGCGGGCGAGGCACCGGGUCUGGAUUUACGAACAGUCGGACGCGGGCUUGCCGGCGCUGGCGUAUUGGAGGGCGCAGAUGGUCAUACGGUUGGUGUCGUCCACGAACGAUGCGAAUUCGUGCCCUGA